UGUUUCAUUUCCUGUGUCUUCUUCGGUCACUCUGUUGUGGUUGUCGCUUCCCCUGACUCAGCUGCUGGUUAAAUGUGACCGGUUUUAAAGAAAUAUUAUCUUAAUUCUAAAGUUACUCAAAUAUUAUAUACCAGAAUGUCUAACUCUUUUGUUCUUACUACUACUACAACCACAACAACAUCCACCUCGAAUGGAGGAUUUUGCAACAUCGGUUAUGCGCGUUCAUUUCAAGGAUUACUGAAAAUCGGCCAAGUGGUGAUCCUCCUGAUUGCUUUCCUUUGUGUGUACUGUGAGGAUCGGCGGAUUGAAUACUCUGCCUUCAACUACUUUGAGGUGGUCACUGCAUGGUUUCUCAUCAUCUUCUCAGUCUUCUUCCUCAUGCAUUUGUUUCGACUUCAAAGCAAGAUCACAUGCAUCAACUGGAUAUUGGCGGAGUUUUUACAUUAUGCUGUGGGAGGAAUCCUGGUCUUUAUCGCCUCAAUAGUUGUAGCCGUGAAGAGUUAUGAGGUCUCAGCUUUGAUUGCUGGAUCUGUGUUUGGCUUUAUAGCUACUUUUCUUAUUGCAAUCAGCAUAUGGACUUCUUACAAGGUCACAUGUGGCUCUCAACCAACUGGUGCUGUAGUGUAACCGGGUGGAAGAAACCCAGUCUUAUCAGCUGGAAGUAGCAAGAGCAAUUCUCAGUGUGUUCUGGAGAGAUGAUGAGUUCUUUAAGGACAUUAAUGGGACAUUUUUGGUUGUUUUUGAAGGUGAUGUAUGCUUUUAAGAGUGGAUUUCUUCAUCAAAACUUUAUUGCCUCAGUGAACUUAAUCGGCUGGGAUCAAACUCCGAAUUUUCCAGGAGUAAGACUGGUUUAUUAUAAGAGUGGAGUUUUGAUAUACUUGUCAACAAUGUCUGAAUGAGAAUGUUUACAUUAUUUAUUUGACAGUAUAUUGUGUGACCCGGAUUUGAUUCAGUGCCUAUGAUCAAAGAAUAUUUUAAUUGAAAUUAAGUCUUUGAGAAGAACUGAUGCUGACAUACAGUAUUAUUAUUACUAUUAUUACAUGAAUUGAAGUGUAUUUUUGCUUUUCCCAGUAUCUCUAUAUAUGAUUUUAUGAUAUGCAAAUGUAAAGUUUGAAGAAUGUAUGUUUGGCUUUCUAAAUGUACGUCCUUUUUUAUACACUGGUAUCCUUUGUUGUGUAUGUUGUGUUGUGUCUACAUUGAUUCAAAAUCAUAAUUUGAAUCAGAACAAGACUUUUACUCAUCCUCAUGUCAUUCCAAACCUGUAUGACUUGCUUUCUUCUUUGGAAACCAAAAGAGGAUACUUUGAAGCAUGUUGGUAACCAACAGCUAGCCUCUUUUGAUCAUACUAUGGAAGUCAAUGGGAACCAAAAUGUUAUCAUGUUAUGGCUGCAACGCCAGAGCUCACAUUCUGCCAUGUCACCCCCAGGGAAACCAUCUCUGAGCUCACAGUCAGCCCUAUCAUGGCUGACUUCCAUAGUAUGAUAGCAGGGUUACUCUGCCUGCUCUGUCAUGGCCAGGUGGUCUCUCCAUGUCUCUGCUCUGCAAUGGCCUCCUGACCUGUAGUGGACUUAUAGUUUGCAGGCUUCAUCUUGGUCACGAGCUCCGCUCUGGUCACCUGGCCCACCGGCUCCUCCGUGGUGGUCAUCUGCUUGCUCCCUGCCAUGGUGGUCUUCGCCUCUGCUCUGGUCUCCAGGCCUGCCAUUGCCCAAUGGUCCAGGUCCUCCACUGCUCCAUUGCCCUGGUCUACCACAAUUCCACGAUGCUGGUCCACAACUGUACCACGAACCUCUGCUCCACUGUCCAGCACUGUUACCCUUAGAGGGGGGAAUAUGUUUCCAUUCUUGUGAUCCUGCUAUUGGUUCCUUUGUUUUAUGUGUCAUGUUCUGAUUGGUUGUCUAGUUCAUUUGUCCUGUUCUCAUUGGUUGGAUUGUGUCAUGUUCAUGUAAUCCACUGUUUGGUGAGUUCAUGUUUUUGCCAAGCCAAAUUUUGUUCAUUGUGUUUCUGCUCACUUUUGGGUUUUAUUAACUUCAAAUGGGUUCUCAUUCAACUUGCCUUCAGUGGACAUUCAUUAUAAUUAUACAUCAUAAUAUUUGUUGUAUUGUCUUUAUGCUGAUUUAAAACAAAUGCAUUACAAAAAAGGAAUGUCUGGAUGCAUUACAGUAAUGAGGAUUCUAGGGGCAAAUUCGUAUUAAAAUGACAUUAUAAUGCAAUGCAA